AAAAGAUUCUGAUGUGAAUGGUAGCUGUCAAAUGGUUAUCAGCAAUAGCUUGAACGCGGGCUUUUAACGUCCCUGUGGCUUGGUCUUGAAGAAAGAAAAAAAAAUAUUUUUUUCCUCUCAUUUGUAGUGGAAAAAAGGAUCAGCUAUUAAAAAAAAAAAAUUGUUUUAAGUUUCCUCCUCUUUCUCUUUUUGUUCUUUUACCUCUUACAUCACUACUACAAUGGAAAACUCUGAAGGCAGACUCGUUGAUAUCUACAUUCCUCGCAAGUGUUCUGCCACCAAUCGUUUGAUUGUUGCCCACGAUCACGCUUCUAUCCAAUUGAACGUUGCUGAUGUCGAUGCUGAAGGUCGUGCCACCAACUCUUUCUCCACCUAUGCUCUCUGUGGUUUCGUUCGCAAGGAAGCCGAAGCUGAUGACUCUAUCAACCGUCUCGCCACUCAAGAUGGUUACUUGAAGAACGUCUGGUCUUACCAACAAUAGAUUUAGUUAGUCAAUCAUAUUUUAUUGCUUUCCAUUUCUUCAUAUCUUCUUUUCUUAUUAUUAUUGUGAAUUACAUAAAUAAAAGUAUAUAGUGCAUCAACAAAAA